GAAUAUUUCUUCUUGGCUGUCAUGGUUUAUGGUCAUUAUUUGGCCAUCUGUCACCCCUUGCACUAUAAUAUCAUCAUGUCUAAAACUCUGUCUGCACAAAUGGCAUUUGGCUCUUGGGUAUGUGGUUUCCUAAUUAUUUCUUUUCCUGCCUUCCUUAUUAUCCAGCUCUUCUUCUGUGACUCCAGGGUAAUCAACCAUUUCUUUUGUGACAUUGAGCCUUGGAUAGUACUCCCUUGCACAAGCACUUACACAGUGGAAAUUGUAUGGUUUAUUGCCAUCAUGGGAUCCUACAUGAUUACCUUGAUCUCCAAUAUUUAUAUUAUUGCUACAAUAUUAAGGAUUGCAUCAGUUCAAGGAUGUAAACGAGCUUUCUCCACUUGCUCUUCCCACCUCACAGUGGUGAUUAUAUGGUAUGAUGCUACUGUUUUCCUGCAUGUCAUACCCUCCAAAAAGCAAGCCCAAGAAUUGAACAAAAUAAUCACUGUAUUGAAUGUCAGCCCCUUGUUAAACCCUUUCAUUUAUACAUUCAGAAAUACAGAAGUGCAAGAAGCUUUUAGGACUGUAUUUAGAGCCUCAGCUGUAAAUCUAAAUAGAAGGCACAAUGAGGGUAAUAAGUUAACCUCACAGAAUCCAUAA